AUGGUGGUCAGCAAAGGGGGUUAUUCAUUAUUCAUUUUUGCAACAAGGAAAAACUCUAACAGCAACAUCCUAUUGUCAGAUUGUAUGCAUGAAAAAUUAAAAACGAAGCAACCCAGAUUAGUGAAUAGAGAUGGCCCAGUUUUACUUCAUGAUAAUGAAUGGCCUCACACUUAUCAAGCUAUGGUCCACAAGUUGCAAAGCCUGAAUUAUGAAAUUUUGGUACACCUUCCUUAUUCUCCUGAUAUCUCUUCUACUGAUUAUCACAUAUCUAAACACUUCGAGCUUGCUAUAAGCAAUAAAGCAUUCUUAAAUAAAGAAGAGGUAACUGAAACAUUCAAACAGUUUAGCAGUGUAAAAGAUGACAAAUUCUUUGAAGAUGGAAUAUAUGCCUUACAGGAACAUUGGAUGAAGGUCAUAAAUGAACAAGGAUCCUAG